AUGUCCGCCGCCCAAGCCCUACGCGAAAAACAAGCCCCCAUAAAAGACGCCUACCGCAAAGACCCCACCUCAGCCAUCGUAACCCUGAAAUCCACCGGCUCCCUAGACUCCACCUCCAUAACCUGCAAACUGUCCACCGGCGCCGCCGCAAAAGAAGCCUCGCGCAUGGCCGGCCUGCACCAAAAAGCCGGAGGCGAAGACCCCUCCAUCUCCGGCGAGCUAUGCUCAGGCGACAUGCUGCUGGACGCGCUGGUUGCGUGUUCCGGUGUGACGCUCAAGGCUGUGGCGACGGCGCUUGGCAUACCCAUUCUGGGGGGUACGGUGACGGCGGAGGGGGAUCUGGAUUUCAAGGGGACGAUGGGGGUGGAUCGGAAUGCGCCGGUGGGAAUUACGGGGAUUCGAUUGCGGUUUGAGGUGGAGUUUGGGGAGAGGGAGGGGGGGAAGGAGGUUGGACAGGAGGAGGUGGAUACGUUGGGCAAGUUGACGGAGAGGUAUUGUGUUGUGUUGCAGACUUUGGUGCAUAAGCCGAGUAUUGAAGUUCAGUUAGCGGGGACUGGGGCUGCGGAUGGGAAAGGGGUGGGCCGUACUGUUACUUUGUGA